AUGUGGUUUGCUCAGGUGGAAACACAAUUCGCGCUCGCGGGAGUACUGUUAGACGAAACAAAGUUCAAUUACGUUGCCGGGAAUCUAGAUGCAAAAUUGGCAGCUGAAGUGCGCGACAUUUUAACCUCUGCACCUGGAACUGAACGAACAUAUCAGAGACUAAAAACGGAACUCAUUAAUCGACUAAGUGCCUCGCAGGAUCAAAAGACACUUCGUUUGCUCGAGCAUGAGGAAAUAGGCGAUCGUACGCCAUCCCAGUUCCUCCGACACCUUCGCGGCCUUGCAGGUAACGUUUUUCCAGACGCUGUCCUGCGUCCACUCUGGCUCGGUCAGCUACAUGCGCCGAUGCAGGCUAUCCUGGCAACCCAGGACCAAGCCCAGCUUGAUAAGUUGGCACAGCUCGCCGAUGCCAUCGCAGAAGCAACGCCAAAGACCUGUGUUUCCGAGGUAUCUGCAAAUUUAGCACCUUUAGAAGCCAUGCUUCAGCAGCUCGCCCUUGUAACAAGCAGAAUUGCCGAAGUGUCAGUGACGUUGUCAGAAGUAGCAUCGGGCUCAAGAGAUCGUGGCCGGUCUCCGUCUCGCGGCCGUUUCCGCGAUCGCAGCAGAAGUCGAUCUCGUCGAAAUCAUGAAGACGGUGUUUGUUGGUAUCACGAAACUUUCGGAAGUGACGCUAAGAAGUGCAAUCUACCGUGUGCAUUUAAAUCGGGAAACGAACCGGGCCGGUGCUGA